AUGGACCCCACAAACGAUCCAAAUUUUAUGCCUCCGUCAAAGAACAAAAACAUUGAACCAACUGCACCACCGCAUGCUAUACCGCAUAACGUCCCAAUUCAACCGUUUGUGAUGGAAGAUUUAGGUGAAGCGUUGGAUGAUCCAGCGCCACACCCUGCUUCUUCAGCAAAGCCAUCUGUUAUUCGAGGCAGAUCUUACGAAAGCAGUGGAGAAUCUGAAUCAAGGUAUCAUUCCAAGAUUCCUCGUAAACAUACUGAGUUGACAAAUUCAUCAUCAGAUGAAGAGGACAUUAUUAUUGACAUUACUGAGCCUCAUGAAAAACCUCGAAAAGAAAUUUUACCACCAUCUAUUCAAGUACGUUCUUCCCAAAUUGCUGAUUUGGAAGAGGUUCCUCAUGGGAUACAGCGGCAGGCUACUGAAUUGGCUGAUUAUAGUUUUCCUACUCAUCGGUUGGCUACUACCUUAACAGAUGAAUCCAAAUCUCCAUUGGUUAUUGUUGCUUGCGGAAGUUACUCGCCCAUAACUUAUUUACAUUUGAGAAUGUUUGAAAUGGCGUUGGAUGCUGUUAUAGAGCAAACUAGAUUUGAAGUCAUUGGUGGGUACUAUAGUCCUGUUUCUUCAAACUACAAAAAGCAAGGCUUGGCCCCAGCACAUCACAGAGUGAGAAUGUGUGAAUUAGCCUGUGAGCGUACAUCCUCCUGGCUUAUGGUUGAUGCAUGGGAAUCAUUACAACCAAAGUAUACUAGAACAGCAUUAGUUUUGGAUCACUUUAAUGAAGAAAUCAAUAUUAAACGAGGGGGGAUCAUGACUAAGUCAGGUAAGAGAAGAGGUGUCAAAAUUAUGCUAUUAGCGGGUGGUGAUUUGAUCGAAUCAAUGGGAGAACCAGAUGUAUGGGCGGACCAAGAUUUACAUCACAUACUCGGGAAAUAUGGAUGUUUGAUUGUGGAAAGAACAGGAUCAGAUGUGAGAAGUUUCCUUCUAAGUCAUGACAUUAUGUAUGAGCAUAGAAAGAACAUUUUGGUGAUCAAGCAAUUAAUUUAUAAUGAUAUUUCGUCAACGAAGAUACGAUUAUUUAUUAGAAGAGGUAUGUCUGUACAAUACUUGUUGCCCAAUUCGGUCAUCAGAUACAUUCAACAGCACAAUCUUUAUGGUGAUUCUGAACCUGUCAAACAGGUGAUGUCGGAGCGUGCGGACUAA